CUUAAUAUUUAAAAAGCCGACGAUAAAGAGUAAAAUAUUUCAGUGUACAUUAAGAAGCCGAUCCACUAAGUAAUAAUUUAAAUAACCACAAUGAGUGCUUGGGAAAAUAAUGAAGAAAUUAAAAUUUUUCGCGAAUAUUUACGCAUUCCCAGUGUUCAUCCAAAUGUUGAUUAUGAACCAUGCGUUGCAUUCCUCAAGAAACAAGCUACAGAUCUAGGGCUUCCAAUAACCAUCUAUUAUCCCGCCAAAAAGACUUUACCCAUUGUCGUUAUAACAUGGCAGGGUAGCCAACCACAAUUGCCUUCUGUGGUAUUAAACUCCCACAUGGACGUUGUGCCUGUAUUUGCUGACAAAUGGAAACAUCAACCCUUCGGCGCUGAAAUGGAUGAAGAGGGACGCAUAUUCGCUCGUGGAGCACAAGAUAUGAAAUGUGUUGGUAUGCAAUAUUUGGCAGCCAUACGUGCCUUGAAAAAGAGUGGUGCCACUAUGAAGAGAACCGUACAUGUAAUGUUUGUACCAGAUGAGGAAAUUGGUGGACAUUUGGGUAUGGAAGCUUUUGUUAAGACUGAUGACUUUAAAAAACUAAAUGUUGGAUUCUCUUUGGAUGAGGGUAUUGCUUCCGAAAAUGAUGUCUUCAAAGUAUAUUAUGCUGAAAGAUCUAUAUGGCAAAUCCACUUUAAAAUUUCUGGACAAGCUGGUCAUGGUUCGUUGCUGUUAAAGAAUACUGUGGGUGAAAAGUUGCAUUAUAUCCUAAACAAAAUGAUGGCAUUUAGAGAACAUGAAGCGAAACGUUUGGAAAGUGAUCCUAAUUUAACUAUUGGAGAUGUAACCACUGUCAAUUUAACUACUUUAAGUGGUGGUGUUCAAAGUAAUGUUAUUCCACCAUUCAUGCAAAUGGGCUUUGAUAUAAGACUUGCCAUUACCGUAGAUCAUGCUGAAUUUGAAAAACAAGUUCGCCAAUGGUGUGUCGAAGCUGGCGGUGAUAUUGAAUUAGAAUUCGAACAAAAGGAACCUAAAGUUGAGCCCACUAAAAUAGACAACUCAAAUCCCUACUGGGUGGCAUUCCACAAUUGUCUUGUUAAAGAUUUAGGUUUAAAACUUACCACAUUGGUCUUCCCCGGUGGCACUGACAGUCGUCAUACCCGUCAUGUUGGUGUUCCUGCCAUUGGUUUCUCUCCCAUGAAUAACACCCCUGUCUUGUUACACGAUCACGAUGAAUUCUUAAAGGCUGAUACGUAUUUGAAAGGUAUUGAGAUCUAUAAGAAACUUAUACCUGCCGUCUUGAAUGCCUAAAUUGGAUUUGCCUUGUUAUGUUGUUGUUUAUGGAUUGUGAAAAAAUGUGAAUAAAUUUAAUAUAAAUUUAUGGUCAAUUGUUUUUAAAACUUAUCUCAAUUUUGAAUAAAAAAUAUUAAAAUUUUUACUCAAAUAAAA